UUAAGGUUAAACCACCUUUUCCCUUCUCUAGGAGCGUCUGCCGGUUGCUGACAUGGUCAUAGCGAGCUGUGAGUUCAUGUUUGAGGAAACCAGAAACUAUGUAAUGCAGCGGAAGGCUUUCUGCAAAACAGUCGCUCACCUUCAGACUGUGCAGCACAAGCUAGCAGAGCUAAAGACUGAGAUCUGUGUGGGUCGAGCCUUCCUGGAAAACUGCCUUGACCUCCACUCAGUGCCUGCAGCUCCACGGAGGCUGGGGGGCAUUUGUGGACUCGCGAGUUCAGCCUAUCUACAGAGGAACCAAUGAGAUCAUGAAAGAGCCCAUCGCCGCACCAUCAUCAGCCAGAAAUGAAAUGCAAUCACGAACUGCUUCAAAACUUCCUACUAUUGUUUAAUCAUAACUGAAUUCUUCAUUUAUGUGAUGGUGUUAAAGCAAAACUGUGCUGUUGGUACAAAUCUACUUCAAAAACUUAGGAUAAUACAUAAAAAGACUGUCAUCGACAUACUGAUGACAGCUGUGAUGUAAAUAAAAUUAAAAUCUUGAUAUCAUAUUAAUGAUACUAUAAUAGAUAAUCCAGGCCCAUCUUUUGCCACUACCUUUUCUACCUACCAGAAAAACCAAAACAGACUGCAGUAACCAGAGCCCCUGAGUAGUAAGCCUAGUUAGAGAUGGUGAGUUAAGUGGACAAAAACUGGCCAAUAUAUCAAUAUCGGCAGAUAAAUAAAAAUGAUGAUGUAAUCCCUGAUAAGAGUUAGUUAUUGAUGUAGACGGAGGAAUAAACACACGUGGGGCAUCAGCUUUCACGGGAAUAUACACACCAAUGUGACUUUAUUAAACUCUCGCGUAUGCGCUGCAACAUAACAAGAUAUGUCCUUUCAAAAUAAAAUCCCAACAGAUGACGGUAUGAGGGCAUACCUAUUAACUAGUCCAACAAUACGACCAAGAGCAAGAUAAAUAAAAAUGACGAGUGCUGGCUCUGCAUAGUUUGUGACAGCAUUGUUUGGUAUGUUUGUCACAAAAAUCAACCAGCUGAACUAGGUAGAGAAUAAAUGAGAAAAUAAGUAACCACACAAGAAAUGUUAAAGUAAUCUGUUUAUGUUUUGUGUG